CAAUGUUAUGGGCGUUUCCAAACAAAAGACAGCAGAGGAGACAUCAGAAUGGGAGAGAGCUUCCUUGAACAGCUGCGGAUAGACAGCCGGUUCUUGAAAUCGGACCGGCGUCUGGACACAGAGCUGGUGGAUAAACUCAUUCUGCAGCUCAACAGAAUCUACCCACAGAUCCUGACUGACAAGGAGGCCACCAAGUUCAGGGAUUUGGAUGUUCCCACCUGUAUCAGGCUGGCAGAGCUGCUGUCUCAUCUACAGGAGAAAGGCGAGGAGGCAUGUCGGGAGUUUUACUGUGCGCUGCACCUUCACGUGGAGGAUGUUUACUUCAGUUUACCCACACGCCUCCGACUCAGAGAGUCUGGUGAUCCAGUCGAUCCAGUCACGAGUCCCACAACAAGAUAUGCACUAAACGACCGAAGUCCUUUAUUCUACCUCAGUUGUUUCAGUGUAGCAGUAGGAGUAGCUCUGCUGUAUUACUAUGGAGAAUCCAGGGAGGUGUCGGGUUCGAGCAGUGCUCUGGGUCUGGCUGCGCUGGGUCUUGGUAGAAAGGUGCGAGAGGUUCUCAUCUGGUACACAGAACGGAAGAUGGAUGGAAAAUAAUGGAAUUUGUUUGUGUCUUCAUGGGUAUUUUGACAUUAAGUGCACUUCAGAUAAACUCAAGUAUCCGUGUCAAAAUUAUCACAAAAUAUUUUACCUCAGGAUUUAAAAAAUAAAUGUGUACAUAGGGCGUAAAUAAAGUUAUUAUUGCCAUGAGGCAGGAUUUCAAAGAUUUAAAUUUAAGGUUUUGUGCCUAAAUCUGGAAUCAUUUGUUACACUUCUUUUCUAUUUAAAGGUGCACUCGGUGAUUUUGCUAAUUGCUAAACUUUUAAACAAAGAACUAAAUCAUAUUUUUGAAAAAUAUGUUUAAAAUGAUAUUUGAUAUUAAUGACUGUAGUCACAUCAGUUUUAGAGAAAAAGCUUCUUUACUCCUACAUGGUGCUGGGCGCACAUUCAUCAGCAGUGCCAUGCUGAGAUCAUAUAACCAGCCGAAUAUUACUUGCUUUAUUAAUCAUAAAUAGCCCAUAUUUACAAUGGCAUCAGUAACUCAGAACCUUUGCUCUUGCGUGAUGCUGUAUUUACAACGCUAGAUGUCAGUGUACCAUAAACAAAAGAAUUACUGAGCUAGUGCACCUUUAAGUAUACCUUAAUAUGUUUAACAACUACAAUAUGCUAAAAUAUCCAUAACGAAACAUUAUAUUCAUGCAUUAAAAAUAAUAAACAUGCAUAUGCAGUACCGAGAGCAGGAACUUUGGUUUGAAUUGUCAACAUAUUGGUUAUUUAGGAAUCAAGCUCCUUUUGACACUCAAGGAAUUCAGUUCAGACUUGCUCUAAUAAUGUUGCAAGCCUUAUUUAGUUUUAUUUGUUACAAGAAAAAACAAACUUCAACAAAACUCGUGUAUAUAACAUUUACGUAAUUAAUAACAAAACAAUUCUGACAACAGUUAUAAUUCACUACUCAAUUUACAUGUUUUGCAUUUAUAAGUAUAUGCAAAACUGCAAUAUGAAAUAGACCAUGUCUCAAAAUAUUUUUAUAUACACUUUAGACACUAGAUACUAUAAAUAUAUCUGAACCUCGGAUUAUUAGGGUUUUGUUACCAUGUACUGGUAAUAUCUUUAAAAUAAUCAAGUCAUUUUGAGGGUGAAGGUUUUAAGAAGUAUCUAGUAUUUUAUCAUGUUUAUAUGUUUGUAUACUUUUAUACUAGCAGCAUGUUUGCACUGGUUUAUCUACUAAUAAUUGAUCAUGUCUGUCAGUUUCUUAAAGGAUAUUUGUAACUCUUGUGGACUUGUUUCUACGGUAGGAUGUAUUAAAUGUUUAAGACUUA